AUGAAUCCUAUCGAUGAUCAAGCAAAUCUCUCUCCUCAACAAGGAACAUGUUCAUCACCUUACAUAAAUCCUCAAUAUUCAAAUUUAAAUGAUCUUGAUGACAUCGAUGACGACGAUGAUGGUGAUGACGAUUGUCUUGAUUCAAUCGAUGAUAUUCAACAUAUUCUUCAAACAUUUGGUAACAAUGAUGCAUCAACAUUAACAAUUGAUUAUUUUGAUUCGCGUCGUUAUGAAAUUAUGUUUGAAAUAAUGAAUGUUGAAAAACAAUUUGAACAAUUAAAAACCAUUCUCUAUGAUGAAAGUGUUUCAUUAAUUGAUCAGAAAUUACUCUCCAUACAGAAUGAAGAAGCUCCUGAAUAUAAAGAGGAAUUAAAAAAACUUUACGAUGAUAUGGAACUACGUUUAGAGAUAGCUAAACAACGACGUCAUAUCGAAUUGGAAUCAUUAGAAAAUUCUUAUCAAGCUGAACUAUUAAGUUUAAAACAGACAUUAGAAAAUGAUAAAUUUCUUGUAUAUCAUCAAAUGAAUGAAGAUAUUCAAAGAAAAAUUGAUGAACUUGAAACAUUAAAAAGUAAAACACAAGUUUGUUCAAAUAUUUUACAAGAAAUGUUUCCACAUAAUCAACAAAAAUUAAUUUCACCAAAUAAAAAACGUUUCGAUUCACCCGAAUCUUCAAAAGAAAAUAAAAAACAACGAAAGAUAAAUUAUUUUAAUGGUUCAGUUAAAACAAUGGAUAAAGACAAUUUGGCUAUUUUCUAUCAACUAUCAGACAUUGAUAUUAUUGAAGAUUGGGCUGUUAUACAAUCAUCAUUAAACGAAAGUGAUCAUUAUAAUGGCAUUGACGAUGCCAACAACGACGACGACGACGACGAUGAUGAUAAUGUUGAUGACACGAGUCAAAUGAAUAUUCACUCUUUUAAACAGGAACAAUUUGAUUAUGAUGAAAAUCGUGUUUAA